UAGAAUAGAUAGCCGUAGGUUAUUGAAUAGUUAGAAGGGAGAUGUAAGCAAUUUUCUCUUUUAUAUGAAAAUAAAGAGAUGUGACAAGAUUGUUAAUUAGACAACCAGAGUCCAAUUCACCUGGAUGUAAGGAACUAAACUACACAUUCUGUAGUAUAAUAUAAUAUGGGAUCUGACCAAAGUACUCAGCUUCCAGCAGGAGCCCCAGGUAGUAACCUGAAGUCACAAAGAGAUGAAGAAAUACCGUACACAUCAUUUUCUAUCAGUAAACCUAUAGAUGGAGAUUCACCUAGACAGUCACCACGAAUACCAAACAAAAACAAACCUAAGGAAGAAAAAGAACCAAAAAAUCAGAAACAUGAUAUUAUUGUUGUCAAAGAUGGUACACAGUACAUCAAAGAUCCUGAUCCAGAACUGACAAAAUUAAGCACUAUUCCAGUUUUCUAUCCAAUAAUGAGGGGUUCACUUAAUAUUCCAGUAAGUUCUAGAGACGGAGAUUUGCUAGAUAAAAUGGACCACCAGAAGUUACUAGACCUUUGUUUACGAUAUCAGGAACAUUUAAAACAUUUGUCAGAAGCAGUAGCAUUUGAUCAGAAUGCUUUGUGUGUUAGGAUUAAAGAGAUCGACUGUGCAAUGCAAAUGCUUCACAACUUAAUGCAAGAUAAACAGAAGAAAUAUCAUAAAUAUGCUGAACAGUUCCAACGAGUUUCAGAAACAGUUACUACUUUAAAUAAAAUCAAAAGUUCCAUGGACAAUAUCAUUCCUAAAAUGGAAAGUUUAAAUCAGUUACUUCCCCCUGAUGAUAGACUGGAACCAUUUGAUUUCAAGUCUACCCAUGCUAGUCCCAAAUGACUGGUUAUUAUACUGGAAUAAUUUUGAACACCCUUCAAAGAGGUUGAUUUGUAUAUUUGCUAGUCCCAAAUGACUGGUUAUUAUACUGGAUUAAUUUUGUACACCUUUCAAAGAGGUUGAUUUGUACACUAUUGGUUGUUCUUCUAGAAUAUGUCCUCUAUAUCUUUACCAGGCUUUGGUUAUUAAAAUAUUCCACAGUCUUCUAGGAAAAGUAAUUAAUACCUAGAUAUCCUAUUCAUUCUAACCAUUAUGAUUUUCUAACUAAGUUCAAAGUUAAUGCUACUGAGGACUAGAUUAUUAUUAAUUAAAUGGCAAAACAACAACUGUCUUGUGGAUUUUCUCGCUGUGUUGAAGACCCAUUGGUGGCCUUCAGUUGUUUUCUGCUCUUUGGUAGGUUUGUUGUCUCUUUUACACAUUCCCCAUUUCUAUUCUGAAUUUUAUUGAUCAAUUCCCUGACAUUUUUUUACAAUAUAGUAUUUUUAAUGUCAGAUCAAAAAGGUACGUUUUAUAAAUUUUGACAUUUUUCAAUAUGACUUCCUAAUAUUCUUUUGUGAUUUUGGCGAUUAAAAAACAAUGAUUUCAUUUUGGCUAAGACUCUGUUCUGAAAUUACUACAUACAAAAAAGUGUAUUUCAUUAUGUCUCAAAUCAUUUAUUUGUAACUGUAAUAUGUAUUUGUCUAUUGUGCAAUAAAACUAAUUUAUUGGUCA